AUGGACGCCAAUAUACAGCGCGCCCUAAACGACAAGCUCUACGAUAAGCGCAAAGCUGGGGCUUUAGAGCUUGAACGAACAAUACGAGACCUUAUCGCGGGCAAAGCUUAUGCGGAAGUUGAGACUAUUCUUGAGCAACUCUGCAACGAGUAUGCCUACGCCGUUCAUCAACCGCAUGGGAGAAAUGGAGGCCUCAUUGGUCUUGCAGCAGCAGCAAUUGCCUUGGGAGGAGAAUUAGCUACAUACUUAGGAAAGAUUGUGCCGCCAGUUCUGGCGUGCUUCGCCGACCAAGAUGCGAGAGUGAGAUACUACGCCUGCGAGGCCAUGUACAACAUUGCCAAAGUUGCCAAAGGGGAGAUUCUGAUCUAUUUUAAUGACAUUUUCGAUGCCCUUUGUAAGCUGGGAGCAGACUCAGAGCUAUCGGUCAAGAACGGCGCCGAGCUUCUUGACCGUCUUAUCAAGGAUAUUGUUGCAGAGUCGGCUGCCUCCUACGUCUCGGUUCUCGAGCCGGUGCCCGACCAAGCAUGGUUUGACAAGGAAACGACCGAGAAGGCCGCCCGGCUCCCCACCGCCUUUUCCCUCCAGCGAUUCGUCCCCCUCCUCAAGGAGCGCAUAUGGGUUAUUAAUCCCUUCACUCGCCAGUUCCUGGUCGGCUGGAUCACUCUGCUGGACUCCAUCCCAGAUCUUGAACUCGUUACUUACCUUCCGGAUUUCCUGGGUGGGCUACUCAAGUUUCUUAGUGAUCCUAACCGUGAUGUCCAUGUCGCCACGCAGGCUUGCCUCGACAAAUUUCUCAAUGAAAUUGAGCGGAUUGCUCGUGUCAAAAAAGGUCUAGCGGAGAACAGAAAGUCACACGAAUGUGGCAAGAGAAAAAGAGAGGACUCGGUUUACUCGGACAGCAUCCAUGGGAGUCUCGAGGAAGGGGACGAAGUCGAUUCGCAUCUCGUGGACGACGACGACGCUAGUGCGGAGGAAGACUGGGUUCCUGGCCAGGACGUCCAUAUUAAUUUCAGAGCCAUCCUCGAAAUCUUGACUGCAACUCUGGAUUCCCCGCUGGAAGAAGAUUCCUUGCUCGAGUCUCUUCGCUGGAUUGUAGAGUUUCUCGACAUCUGCCCAGAGGAGGUGCUGCCGUUUACGCCCAAAAUUUUGGCGCACAUGCUCCCAGCCAUGGCCAGUGGAGUUGAGUCGAUUCGCCAGGCUGCUGCUCGGGUCAAUACGGGCUUGCUGGAUUACGUCGUCUCCUUGUCCGAUGGUACCGAGGUUGAUGGGUCUUUGCACCCGUCACAACACCAGCCUCACCCAGGAGAACGACCCGAAGACAACUCAAGUACACAUGCCUCUGUUUCCAGUUCUAGAGACGCGGACAUUCGAAGUCCGACACCAUCGCACAAUCGUGCCAUCUCCUCAGCCACCAGGCAACCCACCAGUAACCCUCAGGCUGAUCUUGACUAUGCUGCAGCUGUCAAUGCUCUUACGCUCCUUUUCUCCAAUGACCACGAAGCUACGCGCGUGGCGGCUCUUACUUGGCUCAUAAUGCUCCACCGAAAAGCACCCAGGAAGGUGCUGGCCUUCAACGACGGGACAUUUCCGGCGCUUCUCAAGACAUUAUCUGAUCCUGCCGAAGCCGUAGUCACUAAGGAUCUGCAGCUCUUAUCACAGAUUUCGCGUAACAGCGAGGAUGACUAUUUCUCUAACUUCAUGGUCAACUUAUUACAACUAUUUGCUACGGACAGAAAACUGCUCGAGACAAGAGGAAAUUUGAUCAUUCGCCAACUCUGCAUGAAUCUCAGCGCUGAGCGGAUCUACAGGACUCUCGCCGACUGCAUCGAGAAGGAGGAAGACGUAGAGUUUGCCAGCAUCAUGGUCCAGAACUUGAACAACAACCUGAUCACCGCUCCCGAACUGUCCGACCUGCGCAAGAGACUGCGAAAUCUGGAAAGCAAGGACGGUCAAUCCUUCUUUGUUGCCUUGUUUCGAUCCUGGUGUUGCAACGCCGUUGCAACCUUUUCCCUAUGCUUGCUGGCUCAGGCGUACGAACAAGCAUACAACCUCCUGCAGAUAUUUGCGGAGCUUGAAAUGACGGUGAACAUCCUCAUUCAAAUCGACAAGCUAGUUCAACUAAUUGAAUCACCCGUGUUCACAUAUCUCCGUCUUCAGCUCCUCGAACCCGAGAAGUAUCCGUACCUUUAUAAGUGCCUUUACGGGCUUCUUAUGUUGCUACCUCAAUCAUCGGCUUUUGCCGCUCUCAAAAACCGCCUUAACAGUGUUAGCUCGAUAGGCUACUUACAUAUCGCACCCAAAUCAAAUGCACCUGUAGCGGCUGGAUCCAACUACGACAGGCCCAAUAGGCUCAAAGGGCGAGAAGAGGCCAUCGUGCGAUGGCAUGAUCUUCUUGAGAAGUUCCGCAGCGUGCAGGAAAAAGCCCGCCGGACGCAGCGAUAUUCAGGGGAGGGCUUAGCUGAUGGGCCGAUAUCGAGCCUUGGGGACAUUCGCCUAGGGGACGGGCAGGAAUCCAAGAGCGCCAAAGAAUCUCGUGGUUCGACUGGCUUGUCGGUGCUUGCCAAGGAAGCUGCGGCAGCUGCUCCGCCCGCUGCACCAGCAGCAAAGCGGUCUGGCCUAGGGAGGCAACUCGGGAGAUUUGGUGGCGCUGUCUCUGGAAGAACAAAGCGUACCGGAUAG